AUGUUCGCCAAAUUCGCUCCAUUUGCUACCGUUCUCGCUCUUGCACUCGGUGCAGCUGCAGACCUCACGCUCUCUACGCCCGCUUCAGUCCCCCAGUGCGGAAAGAUUACUUUCUCCGUUGGUGGUGCUACUGGAGGCUACAGCAUGUUCGUCGUCAAGCCGUCUGACCCCUGCGGCGAUUCCAUUGUCGACGUUCACGGCCUGUCGGGUCCCACUUUCGAGUGGAUCGCCAAUGUCCCAGAGGGCACCCCUGUUCAGUUUGAGGUUGAGGAUAAUGAUGGAAAUGCUGGUUGGUCUGCCGCUCUCACGGUCGGAGCUGGUGAUGCCAGCUGCCUGUCCGCUUCGUCUUCGUCUUCCGCAGCUGAGGAGACUCCCUCAUCGAGCGCAGCGACGACUUCCGCGACUUCGACAAGCGCGUCGCGCUCCUCAACUGUUCGUAUUGCCGCUUCGGAUGUCCCAGUCAACGCAGGAUCCGACACCUCGGCUGCCUUUUCGACCCGCUCCCUCUCUGGCUUUGCAGGCCUCGCGGUCGCGGCUGCAGCUGCCGUUUUGGCGCUCUAA